AUGAACAAAUCACAAGCUGAAAACAUUUUCCAAUCUUCUAUCAAUGAAGAAAUUAAUUCAAUUAGAAAAUCAGAAGUACCAAUAUUUGUUUUACAUCCAUCUGGUACACAUUAUAUUCCGAUGUGUAUUGAUUCAUUAAUUGUUUUCAAUACAUUUAAUAAUAAUAAAUUUAAUCAAACUCAGAUAUUAUCGAUAAAUGAACAACCUCAUUGUCAUCCUGUAUCGAUUCCAGUGAAUUUUAAUCCAGUUUUAACUCUAUCAGAUCAAUAUGAACUUGAUAUUCAAAAUAUAAAUGCUGUCGCUACUAGAUAA